AACUACAGAAACCCUAGCAAAGCUUUUAAUAACAGACAGAAAUUAGGGUUUUGGCUGAUCUCCCCUCUUUUUCUCACUAUCUUUGUUGAAGAAGCGCAGCUUAAGAGAGACACACUCAUCUCUCUCCUCCUUCCAAAUCUUCAACCAUGGCGAGAGGAUUGAAGAAGCAUUUGAAGAGGCUCAAUGCCCCCAAGCAUUGGAUGCUUGACAAACUUGGUGGUGCAUUUGCUCCUAAACCAUCAUCUGGUCCCCACAAAGCAAGGGAAUGCUUGCCCUUGAUCCUUAUUUUGCGUAAUAGGUUAAAGUACGCUCUUACAUACCAAGAGGUCCAAGCUAUUUUGAUGCAACGACAUGUCCUUGUUGAUAACAAGGUCAGGACCGAUAAGACCUACCCUGCUGGUUUCAUGGAUGUUGUCUCCAUUCCCAAGACAAAUGAAAAUUUCCGUCUGCUUUAUGAUACAAAGGGAAGUUUUCGCCUGCACUCUAUCAGAGAUGAAGAGGCAAAGUACAAGCUCUGCAAGGUUCGAUCUAUUCAGUUUGGCCAGAAAGGCAUUCCCUAUCUGAACACCUAUGAUGGUCGUACCAUCCGUUAUCCCGACCCACUUAUCAAGGCCAAUGACACAAUCAAGCUUGACCUGGAAGCAAACAAGAUUGUUGACUUCAUCAAGUUUGAUGUCGGAAAUGUUGUUAUGGUGACUGGUGGUAGAAACAGAGGGCGUGUUGGAAUCCUCAAGAACAGAGAGAAGCAUAAGGGAAGUUUUGAGACCAUCCAUGUCGAAGAUGCUGCUGGCCAUGAGUUUGCAACCCGACAAGGUAACGUUUUCAUCAUUGGUAAGGGCACCAAGCCAUGGGUAUCUGUUCCUAAGGGUAAGGGUAUCAAGUUGUCAAUUAUCGAGGAGGCUAGGAAGAGGCUACAAAAGGAAGCUGCUACUGCAUAAUUUAUGUAAUGCUACUGAGGAUAGUUUCUCUUAGAAGUUAGACAGCUUCACAUAGUUUCCCUAAGGUGAAUGCCCCCUAUUUUACUCCUCUGUCAGUACAAUUUUGGCUUUAAAACUUGCUGUGAUAGAUGCUCUUUGUUCUUAUUGGAGAUGAACGUAACUGUAGCUUGAAUCUUCUUGUUUAUUGCAAGGUUUUGAUUCCUUUGCAGAAGGAUUUUGAUGUUUAGAAGUGUUUGUUAUUUGAGUUUGCUGCAUUGCAAAGAUCAAGGAUUUUUAACUGUCAUUUUCUGAUUUCAUUUCAUGUAAAACUGUCAAUGCCCCAAACUUCUGUAGUUUUAUUUGACAGCCUAUGACAGUUGAGUUCCA